AUGGUCUACGAUGGAUCCAAAAAAGACGUCGAAGCCGACGAGGGCAUCGCUGAAACCAAUGGUUCUCGGCGAACUGCUACCAACGAAGCUCUUAGCACCCAUAUCAAAAAGAUCUUCGACCGCCGAUUGAUGCCGAUUGUGUGCGGCCUCUAUGUCUUGUCCUAUCUCGACCGAGGCAACAUAGGCAACGCAAAAACCGCUGGAACACAAAGUGAUCUUGGCCUGAGCGAUUCUCAGUGGUCAUGGGUGCUGAAUUCUUUCUACAUUGCCUACGUCUGUUUCGAGUGGACCACAGUGCUGUGGAAGAUCUUCCCAGCCCACAUAUACGUUGCCGCUCUCUGCAUCUUACUUGGUACCGCGGCUAUGUGUUCUGGAGCAGCAACUAACUUGGCCGGGCUCAUCGCUUGCCGCACACUGCUAGGCCUGUUCGAGGCAGGCUUAGGGGCAAGCGCCCCGUACUUCCUUUCUCUUUUCUACCGUCGAGAAGAACUUGGUUUCCGCGUGUCUCUUCUAUUGGGAACAUCCCCCUUAGCCAACUCGUUUGCCUCAGCACUUGCAUACGGCAUCGUUCGUAUCCGAGGCUCCUUGGAACCGUGGCGCUAUCUAUUCAUUUUGGAGGGUGCACCCACCGUCAUGUUCUCCCUCGUCGUCUUUUUCUUCCUACCCGACUCCCCAGCGUUGGCAAAGUUUUUGACGGAAGACGAAAAGAAACACGCGGUAGAGCGACUCCAGGUCCGCGACCGCACCAUGAAGAACCGCCUUAGCUGGAAGCAAGUGUUUGCUGGCUUGUCCGACUAUCAGAAUUAUGUCCACUCGGCCAUGCAUUUCUGCUGCAACUAUUCAUUUGCUGCAUUGUCCAACUUCCUACCCACCAUUGUCAAAGGAUUGGGAUACUCGUCCAUCAACGCACAGGGUCUGACAGCGCCAGUAUACUUUGCUGCUUUCUUGUGCUGCAUUGCGUCGGCUUUGAUUUCUGACAGAUACAGCAAGCGCGGCUAUGUUGUAGCGGCGUUUGCAAUGCUGGGCACCGUGGGAUACUUGAUCCUCACUGUCGUACGGGAUUUGAAUAGGCCCGGUUUGCGAUAUGCCGGUAUCUGGUUUGCAGCUUGUGGCAUAUAUCCGGCUCUGGUGAUUAACGUCACCUGGAUUCUGAACAACCAGGGAGGCGACUCGAAGAGAGGAGCUGGCUUGGCCAUAUUGGCAGUUUUUGGCCAGUGUUCAUCCUUUAUGAGCAGCACCGUAUUCCCUUCCACCGACGGGAGGGACAGGGAGCUUGGGCCAGUCGACGAGAAUACAGCAGUUGAUGUGACGGAUGAGGGCGACAAGCACCGAAACUUUCGUUACCUUACUUGA